AUGACCUUCAGUGCGGAUAUCAUCGCAAGCUUUAACACGGCCAUCCCUCGUGGCGACGAUGUUGAUGUUGAUGACGCCAAGGAGACUCUCAUUGUCGAGCGCCGGGUUAUUGCCAUUACAUACCUCAGGGGGUGGUUUGUGCUUGAUUUCAUCAGCACGGUACCCUGGAGCCGCAUAGUCGACACCAUGGUGGGACCUGGCGGUGGGCCCAUGGUCACCGUGGCAAAACUUGCCAAAGUGUUGAAAUUUAUUCGCAUAAUCCGCUUGAUGAAGAUGCUUCGCGCGAAGAAGCUGAAAGACAUUUGGGAACAGGUGGAGAAGCGAAUCGGUUCAGUUGCCAUCGUGCAGGGGAUGAUGCUCAUCCGCGUGUUGCUGGUAGUCGUUGGCAUUUGCCAUUGGAAUGCGUGUCUCUUCUGGAUUGUCGGGGCAAGAGAGAGCAUCGUCACGGACUUCAUGCCUACGACUCUGAAAGAUCAGUUCGAUCGCAUGCCACAUUGGACGACCAUCUCCAGGAGCGAUGCCCCAGAUCUGGACCCAUGGACCUAUGAAAGAAAGCCAAUGUUUGAGCAAUACAUCUUCUGCUUCUACUGGACUCUUGGGGUCAUGCGAACUAUGCCAGCCGAAGUGACUCCAGUCAACGCCGUCGAGCGUGUCUUCGUCCUCUGCUUCAUGUUCUUUGCAUUAUCAGCUUUUGCCGUAUCCGUUGCCUCCCUGACGCAAGCCUACUUCAAAAUCAGUGAGCGUGGCCGGAGCUUUAAUGAUGAGAUGUUCGCAAUCCGCAUGCACCUCCACAAACUUCGUGUAGAGGAGACAUCACAGCGGAAGAUCAAGGAGUACCUCUACCACAAGUUCACCCGCCGGCGGAUCAUGGCCAAGGAGGCGAACUUACUCAAAGAGCUCCCUACAGCUCUCAAGGAGGAGGUGGAGAAUGCAAAGGUGCUCCAGCAGGUGCACCAUCUUCCAUGUAUGCAAGGCUUGUCCAAAGACGCGCUCAAACAAGUUUGCAAAAGUGCAGAAUUCCUUGACAUUUUGCCGGGCGAACAUCUGGUUUGCGCUGGAGAUGUCACACACUGCGCCUGGGUCGUUUGCUCUGGGACUAUCAAAGUUGAGGAUGUAAUGGGACACAAGUGCGUUGUGGAUGGAGAUCCGCCUGUGAUUAACGGAGAAUGCCUUCUCACACAGGAGCCUUAUCGAUCACCCACCACCGUUGUGACCACGAGCACCUGUGAGCUAUACAAGCUAGAGAAGACGAAGUUCUUCGAAAUUGCAGCCCACCACUUGACGAAGCAGCCCAAGAUGAAGCGUCAGCAGUCUGGCCCGACUGCUAUCAAUGUGGAAGAAGCGUCAGAUCGGGUCACAACACCUCAUGCAUCUGCUGGCGCAGCUGCUGCAAUUUCAGCUGGCUGA